UUCCUUUUUGCUUUGCAUUCUCAUCUCAUGUCACCUGCUUCACAUGCGUGGACUUGGGUGCGGAAAAUCAAAAACCUGUAGAAGAUAGCCAGCAGUUUUUUGCGAAAAAUAUGAUCCACUGAAUCUAGUGCUUGUGUUGAUACGGUUCCGAAGCAUGAGAAUAUGCAUCGCUUCGGAUUUCUUCUACCCGAACAUGGGUGGAGUGGAGGAACACAUCUUCAAUCUGUCCCAAUGUUUGCUCUCCCGUGGUCACAAAGUGAUAAUCGUGACCCAUUCGUACGGUGACCGGAAGGGUAUCCGCUACAUGACCAACGGGCUGAAGGUGUAUUACAUUCCCAUAAAGGUAUUCUACAAUCAAGUCAUCCUGCCGACCAUGAUCUGCAAUAUUCCACUGCUGCGAUACAUUUUGAUCCGCGAACAAAUCGAAAUUGUCCACGGCCAUUCGGCAUUCAGCACGCUAGCACACGAAGCAAUGAACGUAGGACAACUGCUUGGAUUGAGGUCAGUGUUUACCGAUCACAGUCUCUUCGGCUUCGCGGAUUUAUCUGCCGUGGUGACUAACAAAUUUCUGGAGAUUUCCCUCGCGAAUUGCAAUCACUGCAUUUGUGUAUCUCAUACGGGUAAAGAAAAUACGGUGCUUCGAGCCAAAGUACACCAGGAUAAGGUCUCGGUGAUACCAAAUGCUGUUGACACGGCACACUUCACCCCGAACCCGUGCCAACGACCAAUGGAUCCGGACCGAAUCAAUGUGGUGGUAGUCUCGCGAUUAGUUUACCGCAAAGGAGUCGAUCUGUUGGCAGGAAUUUUACCAAAGCUCAAACAUUGUCCCAACAUCCACUUCAUUGUGGGGGGCGAUGGACCGAAGCGGGCGUUGCUGGAGGAGAUUCGCGAGAAGAAUAACAUGCAGGACCGGGUAACGAUGCUGGGUGCGUUGGAGCACAGUCAAGUGAGGGAUGUUCUCGCGCAAGGGCACAUUUUUUUGAAUACCUCCUUGACUGAGGCUUACUGCAUGGCAAUAGUGGAGGCGGCUUCCUGCGGAAUGCAAGUGGUUUCCACGCGGGUUGGAGGAAUCCCGGAAGUGCUACCGGACAGUUUAAUCAUUCUGACGGAACCAACGGUAGAGUCCGUGUAUCGUGGCUUGAUGGUUGCUAUUAGAAGAGAAGCUGAGAAGAAACAUAUUGGAUACAUGUAUCUUAACGGCAGUAUAGAUGGCACGAUAGGAGUGUGUCGCGAUUUGAAAAGAUGUGUGGCGCCUUGUCCUUUUGAGAGGAACAACAUUGUAGCAAAUUUGUAUAAUUGGGAUAACGUUACUGGACGGACGGAGAAAGUUUAUCGGAAGGUACUGCAAGAAAAGGAAUCCAGCUUAGGAAAAAUGAUGGCCAACUGCCUCCGUAGUGGCGUCUGGCCAUAUCUUUUAGUCAUUUCUUUGUGCCAUCUAAUCUUACGCUUCCUGGAUUGGUUCGUACCGCGCAAAUACAUUGAUCGCUGCCCAUUGGACAAUCCCUUCUGGGAGGGAACCGUCGCCAGUCGCAGCCGACAAUCAUUGAACGACGUGCGGGUGCAUGUGCAUCCAAUCCCUGGUUCAAGUGCGGCCCCCAAUGCCGCUAUGUCGCAUUUGUCUUUCAACCGCCAUUCUAGACGCCAUAAAUCACCAUCCUGACGACCGUCGCUGCUGAACUCCUCUUUUAUGGCCGAGGAAAGGUUUUGAAAAAAUAUUAGGUAGAGUAAAUUAAGGCUUUGGUGGUUUUGGCUCUACUAUUGGUUUUGAAGGAAAAAAAAAGCAUUCUGAAAUUUGGUCGCAAUAUACUAAGAUGUACAAAGAAUGUUCAGGACCAAUUGAAGCACAAUAGGUUAGAAUAAAUCCUUGCCAAAAUAGAACAAAAGUUGCCAAAGCCGUUAUUUCUCCGAUUUCUAUUGUGCAAACAGAAUUUACAAUCCGAGCUCAUUCAUUGUGGGAAAUAAAAAAGACAGACUUUAUGUGCAUAGUAUAUAACGACAAGUUUUAUAUUUUUGUAUAUAGGUAGCUUUAAAAAAUCUUUCCAAAAAUUUUAUUAAAGACGAAACAAUACAAUACGAA